AUGGUGACUUUGUCCUUCACCGCGGCAGUGAGCACUCUUGUGCUCCUGCUAGCUGUCAAUGGCGCCGUGGCCUCACCAGGCUUCAAAAGUUCCGCCAGGCCAAGCUCUGGCUACGAUCCCUGCCCUGAGCGAUGUGCCAUCUCCGGCCCAAACCAAGGAAACUGGUCUGUUUAUCCCGACUUCCGGCAGAUCAAGAAAUGCAAAGAGGCCAUGUUCUACAGCUUCAGUCUCUACGACCCCGUUGAUGACCGGGAUAUGAAGCACAAGAUUCAUGCUUGCUCGUCCUUUGGUCCUGACUUCUCGAAACUCCCCGCUUCGAAAGUGCAGGUUGCUUCCGGGCAAGCCAUCGAUGUUGAGUUUGAGGUGGGCUGGUGGCAGGAAGGGUUUGGCCUUGCAACUUCGGGGCUCCGGUCCCUCGUCAAGCAGAUUCGCCAUUAUGCUGGGAAUGGGCAUGGGGCCACUGAUAGGCCCUUCAUCAUCUAUGGCCAGUCUGGCCAGGCUACUAUUGGUCUCUAUAUUGGCCAGGGUCUGCUGAACCAAGACCUCUCGCGAUCGGCCAUGAAGAUGUUUGAAGACAACCUGGGAAAUUUUACCGACAUAUCUCCGACUUUGGCCAUGCAGCUCUGUGAGAAACACUACGACAGCGCCCACAUCUUCGGCAUCAUUGGUUCUAGUGGUGGAAAGUUUACUUCUAUCCAGAAUCGUCUCCAAUCUUGGGCGAAUGGAACGUGCUUGUCGUUCGAGGACUCUAUAAGACUUCCUGGCUCAGCUACCUUCACCACACCACUUAUACAGUCAAAUCGCACCAUUUCCAGCUUCAAAAUCAGCCCAACCUCUGUGGUCACAAAACUCCGUGCCCGUGCUGAAUGCCGCACGAUUCAGGCUGAAUUUGGCACCGGCUGUCCUGAGCUGGCUGUCAAGUGCGGUAUUUCUCCGGCAGACUUUACAAAAUACAACCCAGGGGAUACCUUCUGUUCAGACUUGAAGCCCAAGCAGCACGUUUGCUGUUCCGCGGGAACCCUUCCCGAUUUCAGCCCUAAACAAAACGCCGAUGGUUCAUGCUUUUCGUACGAGGUCAAAGAGGAGGACAACUGCGACAAUCUCGCUGCAGAAUAUAGCAUCACAAAGGAAAAGCUCCAAGAAUUCAACAAAAACACCUGGGGUUGGAGCGGUUGUGAUCCUGUCUACGCGAAGGCAAUCAUUUGCCUCAGCAAAGGAACUCCGCCGUUCCCUGCCGAGAUCGCAAACGCACAAUGUGGUCCACAGAAGCCAGGCUCAAUGCCGCCAACCGAUGGCUCCAACAUCACUGAACUCAACCCCUGUCCGCUGAAUGCUUGCUGCAACAUUUGGGGGCAAUGCGGGAUCACCAAUGACUUUUGUAUCGACACCAACACCGGUGCCCCAGGAACUGCGAAGAAGAACACCAACGGCUGCAUAUCCAACUGUGGAACCGACAUUGUGAAAGGCAGCGGAACCGGUGCCAUCAGUAUUGGCUACUACGAAGGAUACAACUCGGGACGAAAGUGUUUGUUCCAGGAUGCCCUUCAGAUCGACACCUCAAAGUUUACACACAUUCACUUUGGCUUUGGCACGUUGACACCUUCCUUUGAUGUCGAGACGGGUGAUAUACGUUCUACCUACAACUUUGGUGAAUUCAAGAAGAUCAAAGGCGCAAAGAGGAUUCUGUCAUUUGGUGGCUGGGACUUCUCUACCAUGCCUGAAACCUACCAGAUCUUCCGCAACGGAGUCAAGCCCGCCAACCGGCUGGUAAUGGCCCAGAAGAUUGCAGCUUUCAUCAAGGACAAUAACCUUGACGGAGUCGACAUUGACUGGGAGUAUCCUGGCGCUCCUGAUCUCCCAGAUUUCGAUCCGGGAACCAAGGAAGAUGGUCCCAAUUACCUCGCUUUCCUUGCCGUUCUCAAGAACCUGUUGCCCGGCAAAACCGUCUCCAUCGCGGCACCCGCCUCGUACUGGUAUCUGAAACAGUUUCCCAUUGCGCAGAUCGGCAAGCUUGUGGAUUAUAUCGUCUAUAUGACCUAUGAUCUCCACGGUCAGUGGGAUGCAAACAACGGCUAUUCUCAGGAGGGAUGCGACGACGGCAAUUGUCUGCGCAGUCAGGUCAACCUCACAGAGACUAAGCAGUCAUUGGCGAUGAUUACCAAGGCAGGAGUUCCCGGAAACAAGGUCAUCGUCGGUGUGACCAGCUACGGACGAAGCUUCAAGAUGGCCGAAGAAGGAUGCUACGGUCCAGACUGUACGUACGUCGGUGACCGGCUGGGUUCACAGGCAAAGCCGGGCAGAUGCACGAACACAGCUGGAUACAUCUCCAACGCCGAGAUCAACGAGAUCUUGAACAGUCCAAAGCGAGCAGUUACCGAAUCAUUUGUCGAUCCUAUCAGCAACAGUGACAUCCUCAUCUAUGAUGGCACGGAGUACGUGUCCUACAUGGGCCCUGCUAUCAAGGCAAUGCGUGCUACUCUCUAUUCAUCAUGGGGUCUGGGAGGCCUCACUGACUGGGCCACGGACCUUCAGGACUACAAUGAUCCCCCUCAUCCGGCAAAGACUUGGGACGACGUCCACAAGCACAUCGACAACGGGGAGGACCCCAAGGUGGAUCACACGCGAACUGGCAACUGGACCGACAUGGAUUGCAUGCACGAAAUGAUUGUCGAUGCAAAUCAAUACACGCCUUCUGAGAAGUGGGAAGCUUUCCAAGCGGACGAAGCUUGGAAAGAUGUUGUUCGAAUCUUCAAAGACACGGACAGCAAGAACGGCAUCAAGUUCAUUGACUCGGUCGCACAAACCCUGACUAUGGUGGAGGGAUCCAAUUGCGGGACUCUUUUGCAGGACAGCUGCGUUGUACAGGCGUGUCCAGCUGGCGCGAACGGCCCGAAAUCUGGCCCGGCGGCGGCGCUGAUCUGGAAUUCUUUGGUAGAGCUUCAUCUCAUCUACAAGGACUACCACACACUUCUCGGAGAAGCCGAAAAUGAGGGUGCCCUGUCGCUCCAAGAUCUGGAGAAUAAGUUUGCGCCAAUCCCAACAGAGGAGGACGACACCUGGCUACUGCUGAUUAUUGAUCUUCUCACUGUUGGAACUCUUGGCACGGCAGGACCGCUCUUCAACACGGUAAUCAAGAGACUCCCUUAUUUCCUCGAGAAACCAAGCCAUCUCGAUAAUUAUAAGGAUACCUCCAUGACCUUGAUUGGACAGGGUACAACCAUCGCUAAGGACUUGAUCCCGAGCGAUGAAUCCCCAUGGACACCGGAGUCACAGGCUGAAUUCUCAACGUAUAUGGCGCAGGUCGUCACUGGCUGGAAGAACAUGACCUCCUGGACACUUGAGACAACUUUCGAUGGAAGCGAUGAUUCAAUCGAGCGCAUUGGCGAGCUCAUCUCCAACGGAAAGCUCGGCAAGGGGAAAUCCGUGUUGUCUUCCGACGAACCGGAUGAAAAGCAGGAUUACAACAGCCUGGUGGCCAGCAUUAAAAAGUGCUUCUUCGGGUUUACCAUCCCCGCUCUCUGGCGGGCUUCGAAAUCCUACCCAUUUGUCCUGGACGCGGGUCAUGAUUGUGGAAGCAAAGAACUCACCGAGUACCUCACUGACGACACCAUGGAUGCCACAGGUUCCUGCGUCGACGGCAAGCAGUACUACCUCGUAUAUCCAAAGGGUGAUUCCGAAGAUUGCACAGAAACCUGUUCUGACCGACACUGCCAGACGGAGUGCACCAAUGCCAAGUUCUCGCCGCCUCCAGGUCUCAGCUCCCUCACCGACACAAGCUACGGUGGCAUCAGAAAGGACGAUCUGAUCAAGGGAUCCGUCCGCACAUGGAUCAAGAAUGGAAAAGAAAACGGCGGCAAAACCCCUGAUCCCACCGAUGAGGAGACAAUCGAUAACAUGAUGGACGCGGACGUCACAACGCCUGGAUACAUGCGGAUCCCCGUCUGCAGCCCCGAGCGCGCCUACAAGUCCUGGGACACGACCAAGGCGGGCUCCAGCCCCAAUUACCCCUGCGACAUCCCGCCGGGCAAGGACACUUGUGGAGACUCGACCUUCGAGAAUGACACCACCAGUGCAUCACCUCUCGCUGACGACUGUCUUGUCAUUAUCAAGAACUGGGAAGGCGACGGUGGGACAAGCUGGCAGACCAUUGUUGCUGGCAAGCCACAACGCGAGCUUGGCAAGUAUGGGACUUGCGCCAUUGGUGUGGAGGCGACCAAGGUCGAUGGCAAUGCGGAUUUUACUGUCGGUGGGCAAGAUGCCAUUGAUCUUAUCAAUGAGGCAAUCAAGCGGUUCAAGUGGGAAGGCAAGGUUGGAGCAAGUGGAACCAUGCAGUGCAAUGGUAACAUCAAGAGCCAGUCAGUUCUUUGGGGCAUCUAUCACACUUGA